UUUUAAUUUUAAUGUUUUGAUUUGCAAAUUUGUCAGAGGCUCAAAACCCCGCCACCACUCUAAGGAAUAAAGCAAACGGAACUCCUCAAAUAACAGAUACAAUAUAAAAGAUUAUGGGAUGGUAUCCAUAUUUUCAGCAUAGCAAUAGAACAGCCAACUGAAUGCAAUGCACAUGAAUAAAUCAUUAACAGUAUCAGCAGUAUAAGGCCAGAAAAUCUUGGGAUACAAACAGACAAUGAGCAAUACGACAUACAUUGCAGCGCAUCUAGAUCUACCAUUUCUAACAGUCUAUAGGAUAAACACAACCUCUCAGAUGUAAAAUAAUAAUAAUAAGUUAGUGUGAUCACAUACCAACCUCAACAAAUAUUAGUAUUGUGAUAAAUAAUUGUUUUCCCAUAUAUACAGUUUAAGGGGGAUUUUUUUUCAGUUUGCGUUAAAAAAUAAUUGUUGAAAAUAAUUUGUUACCAUCAACGAAUAUAUUUCUUGCAAGUCGAUAUAUUCAGAGAUCAAAGAAUGUUUUGGAUAUACCAAUGAAAGAUGUAUGCAUACCGCAAUUUUACAGUACAGUUCACACAGUCACAUACUGACAAACAUUACUUGAGAUGAAAUACUAACUGGUGAAGUCAAAACAGUGAAACACUUUGUGUUUAUCUGUCACUACGGCUUGAGACUGACAGGGAGAGAAUAUUUUUUCUGCAUGGUUUCCUUCGCUGAGAGGCUGAGACCGUCUCCCUCGGGAUCCCAUCAGAUGGGGGGACUGUGCGAGGAGACAUGUCUAUGUGCAUGCGUGAAGAGCGAGAGAGAGCUAGAGCGAGGGAAAGAGCAUGUGUGUGCACACAGAAAGGAAAGGGGCAGAGUGUGAGUGCAAGCGCAGAUGAUGCUGCUCGUGGAAGGAGAUGGUGCUGGUUUUGGCUUUCCUUCCUGUGCUACAAGAUUUUCCCCACUAAGGUUUGACCUCUGCGUCCUGUCAGUUUGGCACCUCAGCUUCCUGGAGAGACACAGAACGACAAAGGGAAGGGAGGAGGGUGGUACAGGCAGAGGAUAUCAUGUGUGCGCUAUAACUAAAGACAAGGAGCAGACAGAGUUGGAGAAGAGGGGAAAUAAGACACAAGGCAGAAGCUGCAGACACCGUCCCUUUAUUGGCCAGAACCGGCAACAAAGACAAAAGAGGUAAAGCCUCUGAAGCCGAGACUCAGCCUCGUUAUUCCUCGGAUUCCAUGUGCCACUGGUAUCGCAUCGAGGGCGAAUAGGAUGUCUGUGUCUGGAAAAAAGGAGUUUGACGUGAAGCAGAUCCUCAGGCUCCGCUGGCGCUGGUUCAGCCACAGCACUCAGACCUCAGCUGGGAAUGGAGGCUACAUCCAACAGGAAGGUUUCGACCACCGGGGAACACCGGUCCGGCUGAAGAGUCACUCCCGGGACAGAGGAGGACUCCGCAAGAACAACAGCCCCGUGCACAGCAUUCUGGCACCGAACCCUGGACCCACGCCUGUUUAUGUCAGGCCAGGCGAUCAAUCAUGGCACCAGCAAAACAUCAUCCAGCACCUCCAAGCCAGCGAGGAGCUUCCCAAGAGCAACUCACCUUGCAGUGCCAGGAAAGAGGAGGUGAAGAGCAGCCAUGAGGAUGUGAAGAGCAAUCCGGAGGAUCCCUGUGAGGAGGAAACCACAGACAG